AUGGCACAUAAGAGGAUCGAGAACCACGGCAAGUUUGCUGGCUAUCUGACUGGCAUCGAUGCGUCCUUCUUGGCAAUCGAAAACGCAGAUCCCGAAACUUUGAUGACUAUAGCAGGAAUCUACGAGUUUCAUCAAGAGCUCGAUGAAGAGGUCUUGAGAAAGCAGUUAACUGAUUUCGCAUUCCAGACUGAACGCUAUACAUCGGUCUGUGUACGUGGAAAGAGCCCCAUAUCUCGUCCAUACUGGGUUGAUAUUGGCGAGCGGUUUGAUAUUGCAAACCAUUUGGUCGUCAAACAUAUUCCGAAUGGAACGCUACGGGAUAUACAAGAUGCUGCUGCACAUAUCGUUAGCCAGCCAUUUGAUAUGAAUAAUCCCUUGUGGCAUGUUACGUACUUCAAAACUGGAAAUCCACACUUUUCGGCAAUGCUUAUUCGAACACACCAUUGCGUAACUGACGGGCAGGGAUCCAUGAGAGCCUUAAUUACAUUCCUGACUUCGGUAGACCCAAUCCUUCGGAGCCGCCGAAUGUCCCAACUUCAAUACUCUGCUGGAAAAUAUGCAAAGAAGGCCCACAAGGAAACCCUGGGUGAAUCUCUUACGACACCCAUUGAACAUGCUUGGGCCACGCUGUUGGCAGUGCUAGCAUUCGUAUAUGCUUUGUUCCUAUACGGGAGCAGGAGUGCUCAACUGUUGCUAAACAAACGGACAGGUUACCUUCGGAAGUCUAAACGGGCGUUAAUGGAAUCUCAGCUUGGCGUCUCAACUGGUAUCCCGCUCGAAGAAAUCAAGGAUGUAAAAGACAUUUUGCAAUGCACCGUGAACGAUGUUAUGGUGGCUUGCACAUCUGCUGCUUUCGAGCAGUACUUGGCUGGAUGCGACGAUUUGGUCGACACUCAUUUCACAUUCAUGGCACCUACGUCUCUAAGAAAGAAAGAUGACUUGCAUGUCUCGAAUGAGAGCUCUGCAUACUUGAUUCGUGUGCCAGUGAUGGGAGAUGAGACUGUUCGUCGGGUCCACGCAACUCGCCAAACAAUGAACAUUGCCAAGAAAUCACCCGAGCAAUAUCUCUCGUAUUGGUUUUUGCAAGUGGCCUUCUAUUUUCCAUGGAUGGUUCCAAAGGCGGCUUUCAGUCAAGUGGAUGUCAUUCAUGGAGUGAUAACAAACGUCCCAGGUCCCUCCAAACCCCUCUCAUGGGCCGGCAAGUCUAUCAUGAACAUGUACCCUAUAGUCUGUCUCCCCUCCACAAAUAGUUUCGGAUGUGCACUUACAUCGUAUAACGGAUCCAUGACUGCUACUGUACAAAUGAAGCUCGACGAGCAGUCUCCUCGUUCGGCAUAUGGUGCUGGUGGUGCACAGGCGUUUGCUGAUUUGAUUGAAGUCGAGUUCAGGAAGCUGCAGGGUAUAGUUACCAAGCCUGUAUCGCCUGGGAAGGAGUUGAAGGUUAGCAUUAGUGCAAAGGAGGAGUGA